AGUAGCCGAGCGCAGAAACAAUCCCCCAACCCCCCCAUGAGUAUAUUUUUUUAAUACUUUGUGGGGGAAAAACUGUCAACCAUAUCCAAAGUGCAGGACCAAAGACAUCUAAAUAAUGUAUGCUUUUGUUAGAUUUUUUGAAGACGACAUGUGCUACGCAUUACCCGUUUCAGCCAUCGAAGAUUUCAGACCUCUGCAAAGAACUGAUUUUGAUCAUCAGAAGGUGUAUCUGGUUCACAGAGCUGGAGAGAAUGGCUGCGCAGGCCAGCCGUGCGAAGCACAGAUCCUUGCCCUUGCAGAUACAGUAGAUGAAUUUGAAGAUAGUAUUACACAAAAGAAGAUGAAAAUUCCCAAGAUGUCCAUCAGGAAUUCAGGAAAGUCUAUCGAGAAUAAUUUUGGAGAGGAGAGAUUACCACUGAGGCAUAAAAAGGCCCUGUCUCAUGACCAUGGGAAGCCUCUCUCUAACUCCUCUAAGAGCCUUGCAGCAGUAGUGGCUCGCCUUGAGAGAAAUGCAGCCAACUCUUAUAUGGAAGGUGAGGAGGACUUGGAUGAGGACCGGUUGGCGGAGGAGGGAGAGGAUGCAGAUGAUGAAGAGGAAGAAAUGGAGGCAGAGCACGGGCAACGUCAUCAUCAUCAGCAGCAACAUUUGGAGGUGGACACGCAUUGUGUGUCAGAGGUCGUGGCGGCCGUUGUUCCAAGGGUUUUGUAUGAGGAGCUGGUUCACAGCUACAGGCAACAGGAGGAGGAGAUGAGGAGACUGCAGCAGGAGCUGGAGAGAACCCGCAGACAGCUGGUGCAGCAGGCCAAGAAGCUAAAAGAAUACGGCAGCUUGCUGACAGAAGUUAAAGAACUGAGAGACUUCAACAGGAGGCUGCAGGAUGUACUCCUCAUGAGACUGGGCAGCGAGCCUAUGCAUGACAAUGGCACUCAGACAAUCAAGGCUGAAGUGGUGGAACCUAUAGUUGAGGCCCAGGAGACAUGCAGGGAAGAAGCAAACACAAGUUCAAGUUACUCACCCUCACCCAGAACCGUGUACACCUGCAAUGAUGGGAAGGUACAUCUUGGUGGUGGAAUCUGGGUGGAGGAAGAGAAAUGGCACCAGCUUCAGAGGACACAGGGAGACUCCAAGUUCACAAAGAACCUCGCUGUGAUGAUCUGGGGAACUGAAACCCUUAAAAACCGUAGUGUCACAGGAGUUGCCACCAAAAAGAAGAAAGACGCUCUGCCCAAGCCUCCACUGUCACCCAGCAAACUGAAAAUUGUAAGAGAGUGUCUCUACGACAGAGUGUCUCAAGAAACAGCCGACAGCGCUGAGAUCACGCAAAGAUUGUCCAAAGUGAACAAAUAUAUCUGUGAAAAGAUUAUGGACAUCAACAAGUCCAUCAAGAAUGAGGAGCGGCGGGAGUCAAAGCUGCUAAUCAGACAGACGGUCAAGAUGGAGAACUUCACCUAUGAUGGCAUAUAGUGAUCAACUGUCACGUCAGCGCCUUCUGCCCCGCGUGGCCUGCAGCAUAUUUAGGGGACUUGGUACUGGUGGGUUGGGGAACGGGGUCACUGUUCUAGAAGCGGUCACAUUUCUUUCACACAGGUCCCAUCCCACCUUCCUUUAGGGCCAGCGUCACAUUUAUCAUUUCUUUCAUUGGCUGCCAGACAGCUUUACCCACCAGUACAUAAAAAAGUUGGAUAUGAGCUAGAGUGAGUGUUUUAUAAGCUUUACCAAUGCAUGGGUACAGAAAUGUGUGCAUAUGUGUCAAAAGAGAUUAGAUAUGAUGCUGAUUUAUGUUCUGUGUCAGAACAUCCUUUCCAGUCCUGGAACUUUUAAAAAGUAAGAGGUGAUUCCUGUAGGUAGGUCUUCUGAUGCUGUAUAAUCGACCAUGCUAGCUAAUGUUGGGUCUUAGACUGUUGGUGGUUUGACUGUUGGUACUAAUUGCGUUGAAUGGGACGUCAGGGUCUUGAAUGCACAAGUCUUAAUUAUUAACAGCCAUAUAUGAUGGGUUGCUCCAAGAGAUUAUCUUUGAAUGUGUGCUGUCUGUCAACUCCUUAACACAUCUGCCCAUGAGGGGGCCUAGUGAGGGUUGGAAAGAAUGACUCCAAAUUAUGAGUCAGUUAUGCUUUAGUUGAUGUGUUUUAUGUAUUUAUUUUUUUAGUGAUCCUAUCAACCAUUAAUGUAAGAACCCAUAAAAGGAUGAUACAAAUCCCAAUUUCCUGAGGACUAUAAGUUAGAAAUGAAUAAACAUUGAACUGCAGGUUCUUUGAUAGACAUGAUUGUUUUGAAUCUGAUAUAAAAUGAAGCAAUUAUUAGAUCUAUGUCCCUAGCCUGUAUCUAAUAAAAAAAAAAGUCAGAUUGAUAGAUUUAAAGACCAAUACUAGGGGGUCUUAGUCUUGGUGCAUUUAAUGAGUAGGUAGAAAAAUCUGAUUUUUCAGUCUUGGACCAUGGAAAUGCAUAAAAAGUUAUCAGUUCUGUUUCACAGCUAAUGGAAUUGAGCUUCUCUGAUCUAAUUGAAUUAGUCUCAGUCUUAGUCAUUUAAAUAAACUUAACUAUAGAGCUGUUACUGGCAUGUUGAUGCCUUUAAAAAGGCCUAAAAUGGAUUUGGCAAUCUCCUGGGACAUAAUGUAUCUUACAAGAGUACAUUCCUUCCAUAUUUUUAAAAGCUUUAUUAUAUAUCUUUUAUGAAAAGAUAUGUUGAGACAUAAAAAAAAAGGUUUGUGCUCACUUUUGUCAGAUACGGUGUUCGUCCUUUUUUCUUUUUUUUCAUUUUAGGAAGCUGUGAUUGUAAAUGUUGUAAGCUGAAGUGAUGAAACUUCAUCUGCACUUUGCUGGGUAAAUGUAAAAUGUGGCCAGGUACUAUUUUAAUGUG